AUGUCAUAUUCCACCAACCCACCAGCCCCAGUGGCACUCUCCUUCGAAGCCAUUGACGAACUCAUCUACGACGCUCGUCUAGGCGACAUCGACGCCCUCAAGGCCGAGAUCUCAAAAUGGAGCGAGGAACACAAAAUCCCCGCAUCGACAAUCCUUAGAUCUGCGCUCGACACCGAAGACGAGAGCGAAGGCGGCACUGGGGCGAGUCUACUGCAUUGGCCGGCUGCGAAUGGGAAUGUCGAACUCUUGAACUAUCUUCUCCAGAUUCUUAAGACGACGCCGGAAGAAUCAGCGUCAUUUAUUAAUUAUCGAAACUACACUGGCAACACCCCCCUGCACUGGGCUGCGCUCAAUACACAUCUCGACUGCGUCAAGGCCCUCGUCGAAGCUGGCGCUGAUAUAAGCCUGAAGAACGAUGCCGGUCACGACGCGCUUUUCCUCGCUGAGCGAGCAGACUGGUCUGGGACGUAUGAAGACGACGACGAGGAGGAUACUGGUAAUGCCGGCGGCGAGGAGAACGCUACUACGACUGAAAUUGAGAUUAAUGUACAAGACCAGCAGGAGGGAGAAAAAGAAGGGAAACCUGCUCCACCACCAACCAAAGCUAGACAGGUUGUUGAGUGGUUGUUGGCAUGCGAUAAGGGUGCUGGAUUUGAGGCUCCAGUUGCAGCUGAUGCUGCGAACAAUGGCGAGGAUACGCAGAUGGAGGAUGCCCAAUAA